UGUGCCACCACUCCUCUUUUCUGGAAUAUUAUAGCCCUGUGCUUGCUCCCAUAUCACACAACCUGUCCCCUCUCUCCCUCUUUCUCUCUCUCUCUCUCUCUCUUUCUCUGCAAACAAACAGGAGGCAAGGGAAGCAGAGCAAGGAGGAGGAAGAAGAAGUGAGCAAGCAUCCAUCCAUCGAUCCAUCGACCGGGAUGUCUUCCCCAAGCAAGCGCAGGGAGAUGGAUCUGAUGAAGCUGAUGAUGAGCGAUUACAAGGUGGACAUGAUCAACGACGGGAUGCACGAGUUCUUCGUCCACUUCCACGGGCCCAAAGACAGUAUUUACCAGGGUGGUGUGUGGAAGGUGAGGGUUGAGCUCACAGAAGCUUACCCCUACAAAUCCCCUUCCAUUGGCUUCACCAACAAGAUCUAUCACCCAAAUGUUGAUGAGAUGUCCGGUUCGGUCUGCUUGGAUGUGAUCAACCAGACCUGGAGCCCAAUGUUCGACCUUGUGAAUAUCUUUGAGGUGUUCCUGCCCCAGCUUCUCCUCUACCCGAACCCCUCGGACCCCUUGAACGGCGAGGCGGCUUCGCUCAUGAUGCGCGACAAGAAUGCCUAUGAAAAUAAAGUCAAAGAAUAUUGUGAGAGAUAUGCCAAGCCUGAAGACAUAUCCCCGGAGGAGGAGGAGGAGGAGGAGGAGGAGAGCGACGAGGAGCUGAGCGACGCCGAGGGCUACGACUCCGGCGACGAGGCCAUCAUGGGUCACGCAGACCCUUGACUGGUGGAUGGAUGGAUGGUUAGCUCAGUCAGUAACUCAGUAAUGCAGGAUGAUCAUUUCAUGUAUCUCUGUCAGUCUGUCUGUACAUAGCUGCGGCGCUCACCGAAUGCCGCCAUGGCAGAUGCUGAAGAAAGUCAUCAGCCAUCUCAACUCAGUUUCAGUUCCCCUAGCUCUCGUGUCGCGUCGUUGUUGUUGUUGUCGUCAUCGUCGUCAUCCCUGUGAAUAACUUGCCAUUUGUUUGUGUUGGUUCCAUUUGCAGUUCAUGUUUCCAUUCUA